AGCUACAGUUUCCAAAAAAGUUAGAAUAACUUCCUCUCUCCAAGACCUCAAUUUUUGCACAACCCCGUCCUUGAAAUCAGAGCCCUGCAAGCAACCUGGAAAACGUUUGCUCAGCAAAAAUAUAAACCCUCCUGUUUUUUUUAUUUUGUGUUUGUUUUUUUUUGUUUUGUUUUGUUUUGUUUUCCAAAGGAUCUGUCUCAGGAAUUUUAAAGCGUAUUUAAGACACACACACACAACACAAGGAGGGGGGCAAAAAAACCCCCCCCAAACCAAACCCAAGUCGCUUCCCCUCCCUUUCUUCACAGAAAGAAUGGAAGAAAGUUCCAGCUCUCCUGUUUCCCCCGUGGAUAGUUUGGGGACCAGUGAAGAGGAGCUGGAAAGGCAGCCAAAAAGAUUUGGCAGGAAGAGAAGAUACAGUAAGAAAUCCAGUGAAGAUGGCAGCCCCAACCCAGGCAAGAGGGGGAAAAAGUCUAGCCCCAGCUCCCAAUCUUAUGAAGAACUGCAAAGCCAGAGGAUCCUGGCCAAUGUCAGAGAGAGGCAAAGGACUCAGUCUCUCAAUGAAGCCUUUGCAGCCCUGAGGAAAAUCAUCCCCACGUUGCCUUCUGACAAACUCAGUAAAAUCCAGACCCUCAAGCUCGCAGCCAGGUACAUAGACUUCCUCUACCAGGUCCUACAGAGCGACGAGAUGGACAGUAAGAUGACAAGCUGCAGCUACGUGGCCCAUGAGAGGCUCAGUUACGCCUUUUCAGUGUGGAGGAUGGAAGGAGCGUGGUCCAUGUCUGCCUCACACUAGCCAGCAUCAGGGUAAAGCAAACACAACUGCCAAAGGGUAAAAUGGUGCAACCAACUUCUAGCAUAUAGAAGCAUUUCCACACUACAAGUUAUUCUGAGAAAAAAAUGUGAUUUGCAAAUACAGUCAAAUGAAAUAUGCAUUUCCAAAUGCUCCUAGGAUGACCAAACACAUCCUUGUCUAUCAGAAGUGUCCUGCAGACAUUAAAAAAUCCUUCAUGGGUAUAAGUGAGGAGGAGGUAGAUUGUGACGAUGAAAGUGCAAGUAGCUGUUUCCAGCAUCCUCGAUCCAGAAGUCCUACUGCUGCUGCUGCUGCUGCUUCUAUAACAUCAGUAUUACAAAGGGUUGCCCAAUCAACAUCCUUAAGUAACCAAAUAUUGCAACCAACUGUAAGCAAAAGACUCUCAAUAGCCUCAUUUGUAGACAAGAUGACACCUGAAGAUCAGGAAAAAAUUGAUCAAGCUCUUGAAAGAGCAAUAUAUUCUUCUGGGAUGCCAUUGUCAAUGACUGAAAAUGCAUACUGACAGGAAGCUUUUAAAUUACUAAGACCAUCAUACCAUUUGCCCAGCAGACAUUCUUUGAGCAAGGCUCUUUUAUAGUCAGAAUAUGAACGUGCAAUGCAAUCUGUUCAAGGAAAAAUCAAUAAAGCACCAUGUCUUACAGUACUUACAGAUGGAUGGACAAAUGUUCAGGGAUAAGGAAUCAUAAAAUUGUGAUAAUAACACCUCAACCAUUUUUUUACAGAAGCAUUGAAAUAGGAGAGAACAGGCAUACUGCAGACUAUAUCAGUAGUAAAAUAUGUGAAGUCCUACAGAAGAUUGGGAGUGGUAAAGUACUUGCUUCGGUCACUGACAAUGCAAGUAACAUGAAAGCAGCAUGGGAGAUCAUAAUGGAUAAAUAUCCACAUAUUACUGCAACAGGAUGUGCAUCCCAUAGGCUAAACUUGCUUCUUAAUGACAUCUUGAAGUUGGACACUCUGCAAAAGAUCUAUAGAAGAGCAAAGAAGUUAUAAAACAUGUAAAAGCUACUCAUAUUUUACCUGCAGUCUUUAAGAAGAAGCAGGAAGAAAAGAAUGCAAAGAAUAAAAUAGUGACACAAACUCUAGUAAAACUAGUUGGGAUGGAGUGGUGAUCUCAUUUGAAAGUUUAGUAAAAAACAAAUAAACUCUUCAAGAAACAGUAAUAAUUGAUGAUCUUAAAGUACCCAGAAGUGUAAGGGACACUGUAAUUGGUGAAGAUGUCUUCUGGGUUCAGCUGCAGAACUCCCUGAAGAUUCUUAAAGCCAAUUUCUUCAGCAAUCACUGCAUCUGAAUCAGACAGUGCACUUUGUCAGACAUUCCUUACCAAAUGUCCCAGAUAAAAUCAACUGUUUUUGAGAAUCUAAGUGUAUUUCUGCUUACAAGUACAGAAGAAAGAAAAAUGAAAGACUUUAUUAACAAACAGGAAGAUUUUUGUUGCCAAUCAGUUCAUGCUUUUGCAAAUCUUUUGGAUCCAACAUUCAAAGGCAGAAAUGUUAGUGAUGAUAGCACUGCUACUGGAUUUGACUGGAUUACAAAACAAGCAACACACUUAGGACUUGAUGUUGGAAAGGUACUUUUAAAUGUUGCAGAAUACAGAACAUCUUGAGGCAUUUGGUCCAAGAAUGCAGUCUGGUACUCUGCCAAGCAUAUCCCUCCUGCAACAUGGUAGCAAGGCCUUUGCACGACACAGUCUCAACUCCUCUUGCUUCUCACCUGCUUCAGAUUCCUCCAUUUUCUGCGGCAUGUGAAAAAAACUGGUCUGUUUGGAAAUACUCACACCAAAUCAAGAAAUAAAUGAACAUGUGAAAUAGUAGAGAAGCUUGUCUCAAUCCGGGCAAACCUUCAGUUUUCAGAAGUCCAUGAAGAUGAUAAAAAUAAAGGAUCAGAAGAAUCAGAAGGAGCAGAAAAUGCUGAUAGUGAUAGCUCAGCAAAUGAGACUGAUUAGAAAAAGUUUCAUGUAGCAAAAUUUGUAUUCAAUGAGUCAUGUUUUUUUCCCUUUUUUUCUCAGCCCUUUUUCUAAAAAUGAGUGCUUUCUGUAUCUGCUUGACACUGUGGAAGAGACCAAGUCCAGAAUACAUAAUAACUUUCUUUGUUUUACUAUAAUGUUGAUUUUUUUUUCUAUUUUCAACUUAAAUUUUUUCCUGCUUCUCAUAAACUGGCAAAAACUAAGAGAUGCUAGGUUUCUUAGAGUUCAGCAGCUUG